UGCGAGGUAAAGUGGUCAGUGGUCAAAUAAAUAGUGCAUUUUUGGAAGCGACUGUCAGUCUUGUGAGUUGUAUGAAAGGACAGCACACCAGAGCAAUAUGAAGGGAGGAGUACUUUGCCUCGCCGCACUGUUGAUUGCAGGGAUCAAACUGCAGCAAGCGGCACAUAUAAAUAACGAAGACAUCGAAGUGGUCACCAUUAGGGAGGUGACAGACCCAGUCGAGCGCGAGCUUGGCACUGACCAGCCUGCUGCACGGUACCAAUUUGACGCCCACGGCAAGAGCUUUGAUCUCCGUCUGAAGAGAAACAACCGAAUCAACUUGAGAACGACGCCCGUGCACUACUGCGACCACACUGGGAGAAUUACAAAGAAAGCUCUAGGGAGCGAUGACGAUUUCACUCUCUAUCAAGAUAAGGCCAGCAACGCCGCUGUUGCAGUAUAUACCGAUAAAAGAGAUGCAAAAAAUCAAAAGAAAAUGGAGGGUUUUGUUAUCGAUGCAGACCAAAUGUAUGAAGUUCGUCAUUUAGAGGACGACAAAUACGUCGUGGCCCGUCAGAACAUAGAAUCAAAACCCCCAGGAGAGGAAGACGUCGACACAUAUGCCGAGAAACCAACACGUCGUCAGCUUCAUCUCCAUGUUCGCCGGUCAGCCGACGAGUCCACUCUCCUCCGGACCCUGAUGGACGUGCUGACCGCUGUAAACAAGCAGAAAGCCGAUAAAGCCAUAGAACUUAGCAAGAAACAGACAUAUAGUGGGUCCCACAUUGACGCCAGCGUGGAACUCAUGGUGUGCACCGAUGACACGAUCUGGACCUACUUUUUGGGGCGGAAUAACCAAGACGCUGCUGCGGCGGAAACGGAACUGAAAAGAUACUACGCUCUGAUAACUAAUGGGAUGGACCUUCGCUACCAGAAUAUUGAGGAUCCAGAUUUGAAUAUUUACGUUGUGUUGGCAGCAUAUGCUAUUGUGCAGGGCGCCGGUGGGGCACCUUGGUUUAGUAAUAACGUGCUACCAGGGGAACCGGAGAAAAACGGAAGGAAAAUGGUGAAUAAAACAUCCUCCCUGAAUGACUGGUGCAAGUACCGUAAUGACAACUACGGUUCUUUCAGCGAACAUGAUCACGGAAUGGCAUUCACUAUGCGUGAAAUAGUUACAACUCAGACCGAUACCGCUGUUGCCGGAGUGGCGAGAACUGGCGCCAUAUGCUCCAGGUCUAGUUCCUGCUCUAUCGUUGAAUCUUUCGGAGGCUUUAAUUCAUUCAUCACCGCUUCCCAUGAACUGGGUCACAAUCUUGGAGCUUACCAUGACGGUUCGGCUGGAACUUCUGGGGGAACGUCUUAUGACAAUAGGGCUUGUUCCGCCGGCGAUGGGUUCAUUAUGGCGCCAUCAUCUGGCAGCUCGGAUCCGUCAAAAGGCUAUUAUUUCUCCACUUGUUCCGUUGCAAAUUUCAAAGUAGGAUUGGCUGAAGCGUGUUGCCUCGUUGACAAAGGCCAAUAUGAAAAUUCUGAAGAAUUUGCAGCACAUACACAGCAUCUUCCUGGACAACUAUACACCGCUGAUCAGCAGUGCCAGAUGUUAUAUGGGUCGAGUUCAUCGAUGUGUAGGACAUUAGGAUCUUCAAACUACUGCCAGUUACUGCUCUGUAAACAGACAUCGGGCCGCUGUUUUCACAGGUUUAAACCACCGGCAGAUGGCACUGAUUGCGACACGAAUAAGUGGUGCAUACAGGGCUCAUGUGUUGACAAAAAGGCCGCCCUGCCAAAAUCUCGUGGUGAUAGCGGCAAGAAGACCUCGUGGUGCCCAUAUGGUACUUGGAGUGAUUGGGGCCAGUGGAGCAGAUGCAGCGCCACCUGCGGGGGCGGCACCCGCACGCGCACCCGUACAUGUCCAAAUGGUCAAAAAUGCCCUGGUGACAGUUCACAGACUGAAGGAUGCAAUGCAAACGCUUGUGGCACCUGGUCUGACUGGACUGCCUGGACCACGUGCACUGUCACGUGUGCCGGCGGAAGUCAGACAAGAGCAAGAACAUGUAAUGGCGGAAGUGACUGUCCUGGAAGUGCUUCUGAAUCCCAGAACUGUAACACCCGUGCUUGCCUUGCUAGCAAAUGGCAGUGGGGUGCCUGGACCUCGUGUUCAGCUUCAUGUGGUAGAGGAACCCAAACUAGAAAGAUGUUAUGUAACGGAGGGAAAUGUGCUGGCGGCGACAUCACAGACACCCAGGACUGCAACACCAAAGACUGUACAAAUGUCGCUGUUGACGGCAAUUGGAGUGACUGGACUUCCUCGUCAGGCUGCAGCGUCACCUGUGGAUCUGGAGUCAAGGCGAUAGCAAAACUCUGUAACAACCCGGCGCCUUCAAACGGUGGUUCUUACUGCUGCUACAAAGGAGUGUGUCGGUACGACCGCCUAAACGGCAAAACUUCGUGUGAUGCUGGCCGAUGUGGCGAUGCAGUUGACGGCAAUUGGGGCUCAUGGCAGGCCUGGAGCACGUGUGACUCAAGCUGCAGGAGAACCCGCGUCAUGAACUGUGACAACCCCGCUCCCAGCAAAGGCGGAAAGGGUUGUUCCUAUAACAACCAGUGUUGUUACACGCGUCUGCGACAAGGAGGCAGUUGCACUGGAGGAGCCUGUGGUAAAUAUUUCUAA